AUGGAUGAAAAUAUCAUUAAGCAAGAUAUUAAAUUGGACCAAGAUACUUUAAAUAAAGAUCCAGAUGAAGUUUUUACAAUUGUAAGUAAAUUAGGUGAAGGUUCAUAUGGUAGUGUACAUAAAGCUGUUCACAAAAGUACAGGUCAUACAUUUGCCAUAAAAACAGUUAAAGUUGGAAAUGAUUUACAAGAAAUUAUAAAAGAAAUAUCAAUUAUGAAACAAUGUGAUAGUGAAUUUGUUGUAAAAUAUUUUGGUAGUUAUUUUAAAAAUUCAGAUUUAUGGAUUGUUAUGGAAUAUUGUGGGGCUGGAAGUAUAUCUGAUAUAAUGAGAAUUAGAAGAAAAACAUUAAAUGAAAAUGAAAUAGCUGUUGUAUUGAAGGAUGCAUUACAUGGUUUAAAAUAUCUUCAUGAUUUAAAAAAAAUUCAUAGAGAUAUAAAAGCAGGAAAUAUUUUACUUAAUGAAAAUGGUAGAGCUAAAUUGGCUGAUUUUGGUGUUUCUGGACAAUUAACAGAUACAAUGGCAAAAAGAAAUACUGUUAUUGGUACACCAUAUUGGAUGGCACCAGAAGUAAUUCGAGAAUCUGGUUAUGACUCACAGGCAGAUUGUUGGAGUAUUGGUGUAACAGCAAUUGAGAUGGCUGAAGGUAAACCUCCUCAUGCAGAGAUGCAUCCUAUGAGAGCAAUUUUUCUUAUACCAACAAAACCUGCACCAACAUUAAAAAAUCCAAAAAUUUGGAGUAAAGAAUUUUGGAAAUUUACUACACGUUGUUUAGUUAAAAAUCCAGAAGAACGUGCAAAUGCUAGUGACUUACUUGAAGAUCCUUUUAUAACUUCUGCAAAAGAUAAUGAAAUAUUAUUAGAAAUGAUAAAAGAUUCUCAAAAUAUAGCAAAAUUAUUACCAAAUGCAAAUAAAAUUUCAAAUAUUUCAAAAACAUCAUCUUCUGAUCCAACAAUAAAAAAUGACUCAACUAAUUCAUCAACAAUGAUUUAUAAAAAAACAUUAAAACCAAAUGAUAAUUUAGAUGAAGGUAAUAAUGAAUAUUAUGAAGGUACUCUUAUACAACAACAAAUUGAAAAUAAAAAUUCUAGUAUACCUGCAUUACCAGUACAAUAUAAUGACACUUUUAAAACAGCAAUGAAAGCUGAUAAUAAUUUUAGAUUAAUUGGAAAUGAGGGAUUUAUUGGAACACCUAGGCCAAUUCAACAUAUGGAUACAAAAAAUAGUGAUAGUAAUAGUUAUUUAUAUAAAACACCAUCAUUAAUUAAUAAUUUUCAUAUGUUUAAUUUGGAUGAAUCUGGAGCUGUUGGUGGUAUAGGAAGUAUCAGUACAACAUCAAGUGAAAUUAAUAUUUUUAAUAAUUUUGAAAAUGAUGCUUUAAAAGGUUAUGGAUUUUUAAAAAAAAUGACAACAGAAGAAUUGUUACAAAAGAAAGGUAAUCUUGAAUUUGAAAUGGAUAAUGAAUUAAGAGAUUUACAAAAAAGAUAUCAAAUAAAACGACAACCUAUUUUAGAUGCUAUUGAAUUAAAAAAAAAUAAUGUAUCGUAG